UCAUUAGUGGCCUAUAUAAGCCUCAUACAGGCCAUGGGAAGACAUUACCUGUUGAUAACACAGACUAUUUUCAUGAUCAUGGGAGGUGUGAGAGAAUUGCUGCUCGUUGUGAUGACUGUGGGGGUUGUCAAAGUUUCUUGUUACCCUGUUGGAAAGUCCCAGAAGCAAGAUCAAGUCUCUCUGCAGAGGAGACUUGGAGAGCUGUCAUCAAAUGACGUCUCCAUUGUGCAUGCCCUGGCCUUGCUCCGAUCCAUAGGGUCUGACGCGAAACAAACCAGAGAAGAGUAUUUAGAGACCAAUGAAGUAGAAUCCCAAGCUUCUCCAAACCAUGGUAGUUCUCCGGCAAAUGAUGCCCUGUCCUCUGAGGAGAAGCUGAGGCACAUGUCCUCUGACGACGCCACCUCUGAAGCUGCCACCGGCCCGUCCUCUGACGACGCCACCUCUGAAGCUGCCACCGGCCCGUCCUCUGACGACGCCACCUCUGAAGCUGCCACCGGCCCGUCCUCUGACGACGCCACCUCUGAAGCUGCCACCGGCCCGUCCUCUGACGACGCCACCUCUGAAGCUGCCACCGGCCCGUCCUCUGACGACGCCACCUCUGAAGCUGCCACCGGCCCGUCCUCUGACGACGCCACCUCUGAAGCUGCCACCGGCCCGUCCUCUGACGACGCCACCUCUGAAGCUGCCACCGGCCCGUCCUCUGACGACGCCACCUCUGAAGCUGCCACCGGCCCGUCCUCUGACGACGCCACCUCUGAAGCUGCCACCGGCCCGUCCUCUGACGACGCCACCUCUGAAGCUGCCACCGGCCCGUCCUCUGACGACGCCACCUCUGAAGCUGCCACCGGCCCGUCCUCUGACGACGCCACCUCUGAAGCUGCCACCGGCCCGUCCUCUGACGACGCCACCUCUGAAGCUGCCACCGGCCCGUCCUCUGACGACGCCACCUCUGAAGCUGCCACCGGCCCGUCCUCUGACGACGCCACCUCUGAAGCUGCCACCGGCCCGUCCUCUGACGACGCCACCUCUGAAGCUGCCACCGGCCCGUCCGGCGACGACGCCACCUCUGAAGCUGCCACCGGCCCGUCCGGCGACGACGCCACCUCUGAAGCUGCCACCGGCCCGUCCGGCGACGACGCCACCUCUGAAGCUGCCACCGGCCCGUCCGGCGACGACGCCACCUCUGAAGCUGCCACCGGCCCGUCCGGCGACGACGCCACCUCUGAAGCUGCCACCGGCCCGUCCGGCGACGACGCCACCUCUGAAGCUGCCACCGGCCCGUCCGGCGACGACGCCACCUCUGAAGCUGCCACCGGCCCGUCCGGCGACGACGCCACCUCUGAAGCUGCCACCGGCCCGUCCGGCGACGACGCCACCUCUGAAGCUGCCACCGGCCCGUCCGGCGACGACGCCACCUCUGAAGCUGCCACCGCUGCCACCGGCCCGUCCGGCGACGACGCCACCUCUGAAGCUGCCACCGGCCCGUCCGGCGACGACGCCACCUCUGAAGCUGCCACCGGCCCGUCCGGCGACGACGCCACCUCUGAAGCUGCCACCGGCCCGUCCGGCGACGACGCCACCUCUGAAGCUGCCACCGGCCCGUCCGGCGACGACGCCACCUCUGAAGCUGCCACCGGCCCGUCCGGCGACGACGCCACCUCUGAAGCUGCCACCGGCCCGUCCGGCGACGACGCCACCUCUGAAGCUGCCACCGGCCCGUCCGGCGACGACGCCACCUCUGAAGCUGCCACCGGCCCCUCUGGCGACGACGCCACCUCUGAAGCUGCCACCGGCCCGUCUGGCGACGACGCCACCUCUGAAGCUGCCACCGGCCCGUCUGGCGACGACGCCACCUCUGAAGCUGCCACCGGCCCGUCUGGCGACGACGCCACCUCUGAAGCUGCCACCGGCCCGUCUGGCGACGACGCCACCUCUGAAGCUGCCACCGGCCCGUCUGGCGACGCCACCUCUGUAGCUGCCACCGGCCCGUCCUCUGACGACGCCACCUCUGAAGCUGCCACCGGCCCGUCUGGCGACGACGCCACCUCUGAAGCUGCCAUCGGCCCGUCCGGCGACGACGCCACCUCUGAAGCUGCCAUCGGCCCGUCCGGCGACGACGCCACCUCUGAAGCUGCCACCGGCCCGCACAUGUCCUCUGACGACGCCACCUCUGAAGCUGCCACCGGCCCGUCCUCUGACGACGCCACCUCUGAAGCUGCCACCGGCCCGUCCUCUGACGACGCCACCUCUGAAGCUGCCACCGGCCCGUCCUCUGACGACGCCACCUCUGAAGCUGCCACCGGCCCGUCCUCUGACGACGCCACCUCUGAAGCUGCCACCGGCCCGUCCUCUGACGACGCCACCUCUGAAGCUGCCACCGGCCCGUCCUCUGACGACGCCACCGGCCCGUCCUCUGACGACGCCACCUCUGAAGCUGCCACCGGCCCGUCCUCUGACGACGCCACCUCUGAAGCUGCCACCGGCCCGUCCGGCGACGACGCCACCUCUGAAGCUGCCACCGGCCCGUCCUCUGACGACGCCACCUCUGAAGCUGCCACCGGCCCGUCCUCUGACGACGCCACCUCUGAAGCUGCCACCGGCCCGUCCUCUGACGACGCCACCUCUGAAGCUGCCACCGGCCCGUCCUCUGACGACGCCACCUCUGAAGCUGCCACCAGCCCGUCCUCUGACGACGCCACCUCUGAAGCUGCCACCGGCCCGUCCGGUGACGACGCCACCUCUGAAGCUGCCACCGGCCCGUCCGGUGACGACGCCACCUCUGAAGCUGCCACCGGCCCGUCCGGCGACGACGCCAUGGAUAUCUGACGUGGGACAUGCAAUAGUUAACGGGUACUCUAGUCCAGUGUGUAACUGCAUUUGCUUGUUUUGGCUCAAAUAAACAUUAACUGUAAUA